AUGGAUGCAGUAUCGUGUUUGAAUUUCAUUUAUAAUUUGCUGGCGUACAGUCGUGGCGUGAGUCCGGACUCUCCGUCUCGAGGAAGUGUACUUUCAACGACUGCUGCUGCUGCUGCUGCUGCUGCUGCGACGACAACGACGACGACAACAACAACAGCAACAACAAUACCAAACGUAUUUCAUACAAACGAAGAAUGGAGAAACGAAAUGGCUGUUGGUGGUGCUGGCAGUUCAAAGACUACACUAGCUACGGCUAUGGCUGUGGCAGCCACGGGGACAGCAACGGCGACAACGUCGGUUUUGCAACAGCGACCACGUGGAGCGGUGGAUCAGGAUUCUUCGCAAACACAGUCGAGUCCUAGCAAAGGCAGACUGAAUUUUCUCGAAGGGUUCAGGAGCAGCCUUCGUCCUCGAUCGCCAGUUCGCAACAACUCUAUCCCGGUAAGCAAAAACACUAGCGGUAGUGGUAGUGGUAGUUGUAGCAGUAGUGUAGUAGUGGUAGCAAGUAGUAGUAGUAAUAGUAGUAGUAGUAGUAGUAGUAGCAGCAACGAUAACGACAAUAAUAACGACAACAACAACAACAACAAGCAACGAUAUAAUGGCGGAAGCCGAGUAAGAUUAACGGCGGAUUGGGGGAAAUUGCACGCCGGAGAGGAGCUGGAGAUCUUUGGCGUGGACGGUCCAGGGCUGAUCGUGCGCCCGUUAAUUGGGAAAAAGGAGGAAUUCUGGAUACCGGCGGCGAGCCUCGUACCGAAUUCGUCAAUCAGCCGCGCAUGGUCGUUCCGUCCGCGACGAAUCGAUUCGCAGAGAGAUUCGGCGGGAGAGAGCGUCCAUCUUCCGCACGAUGAUGCACAGAAUGCGGAAGAGAACGGUCCUCCCGCGAUCUUGACUAUUCCAUGUUCGAUCAGGGCGACGGCCGGCGGCGUGGCUCGACUCGUGCUGGAAGUUCGUCGCGUGGACCAACGCGCGCUCGUCCGUUGGAGAAAGGAGGGGCAACGAUGUGACAUUGGAACCGGGAACGGAAGAACCGAUCGAUAUCGACUUUUCCGAACGAACGAUUCCCUUUGUCUCGAAAUUGCUCCUUGCCUUCCCUCUGACUCUGGUGUUUACCACUGUUACGUUCAACACGAAACGGGCUCUUGUUCGGCAAAGAUUCCCCUUCGUAUCACAGGUACGUAUCAUCGUCAUCAUCGUCAUCAUCGUCGUCAUCGUCAUCGUCAUCCCCCACCCCUCCUUUCGUCGCUUUGUCGCUUUAAUCGCUUUUAA